AUGCUUUUAAAAGAGUACGAGGAGCUGCUUGAGAGACUUCCUUUAUCCACUGUCGAAUAUGCUUUCGCUUAUGGAUCGGGCGCACUUCAACAGAAAGACGAGAACAAAGCGGAAAAAAUGAUAGAUUUCAUUCUGAGCACCAACGAUCCUGUCGUCUUCCAUACGGAAAAUAUCCAGAAGAAUCCAUCACAUUAUAGCCUUCUAAGGUGGAUUGGCGCUAAGCCGUUAUCAAGAUUUCAAACUGGACUGGCUGCUCGAGUUUAUUAUAACACUCAUGUGAAAGUUGGCAGACGUCAAAUGAAAUAUGGUGUUGUUACAACGGAAAACCUGAAUCAAGACCUCUUGGACUGGCGGUGGUUGUAUGUUUCAGGGCGUCUUCAUAAGCCAGUUUUAGACGUGACUGCAAUCAAAAGUAACCUCGAAGAGAACAGACGUAGUGCUCUCCAUACAGCAUUACUGUUGCUCCCUGAUUCGUUCCCUUUGGAAGAACUUUACGAAAAAAUCGUCUCUCUGUCGUACUCAGGCGACUUUAGGAUGUUUAUUGGAGAAGACAGAGGCAAGGUGAAAAAAAUCGUACAUGGUAGCAUGAUGGAGUUGUCGGAUAUAUAUGGUCCUUUGUUAGCUAAUGACUCUAAGCUCGUUGUCCAGAAUGGAAAUGUGAGUUGGCAUUUAAAAAUAGUUUUGCAAGAUGGUUCCACUUCUGCUAUUUAUCAUCGCUUAAAUCUGCUGCCAUCAACAGUUUUAAACGCUGUCAAAAGGAAUUGGAACAAAAGGAACAAGCUGCAAAAGGAUACUGAGGAAGUACUGUUUUCGUUAGCACAUCGUCAUGAUGUCUCUACCCACGUUUCAUCUGCAAUCUCGUCCAUUGUUGCUCCUGCCGCGCUUUCACAAACCCUUAAAAAUGCUGCAUCAGCAGGAUUCUCUCGAAGUGUAAUUUAUAGUAUUUCUAAGCUCAUGAAGAUGACUAGGAGUUUAACAAGGUAG